UGGCCCCGAGACGAACGGUGCGGCGGGGGGCGGGCCGAGGAGGCGCGCAGGCGCACUGCGUCGCGAGUCUCGGGACCCUGCUCCGAGACUAUGGCGCUCAACAAGAACCACUCGGAGGGUGGCGGAGUGAUCGUCAACAACACCGAGAGCAUCCUCAUGACCUACGAGCAUGUGGAACUUACAUUCAACGACAUGAAAACUGUGCCGGAGGCUUUCAAGGGGACCAAGAAAGGCACCAUCUACCUUACCCCCUACCGGAUCAUUUUCCUGUCCAAGGGCAAGGACCCCAUGCAGUCCUUCAUGAUGCCUUUCUACCUGAUGAAGGACUGUGAGAUCAAGCAGCCCGUGUUCGGCGCCAACUACAUCAAGGGGACAGUGAAGGCCGAGGCCGGAGGCGGCUGGGAAGGCGCGGCUACCUACAAGCUGACCUUCACGGCGGGGGGUGCCAUCGAGUUCGGCCAGCGGAUGCUGCAGGUGGCUUCCCAAGCGUCCCGAGGUGAGGUCCCCAAUGGAGCUUACGCCUACCCCUACAUGCCCAGCGGGGUCUAUGUGCCCCCCCCGCCCGUCGCCAAUGGAAUGUACCCCUACCCUCCCGGCUACCCCUACCCAGCGCCCCCACCUGACUUCUACCCGGGGCCACCCAUGAUGGAUGGGGCCAUGGGCUACGUGCAGCCCCCGCCGCCGCCCUACCCCGGGCCCAUGGACCCUCCUCCGGUCAGCGGCCCUGAUGCCCCCUCGACAUCCGCAGCUGAAGCCAAGGCAGCUGAAGCGGCUGCCAGCGCCUACUACAACCCGGGCAACCCACACAAUGUGUACAUGCCUGCAAGCCAGCCUCCCCCACCCCCCUACUACCCACCAGAGGACAAGAAGACGCAGUAGACCCCGUCCUGUCCUUCCCUCCCCCGGCCCAGGCAAGAAGACGAGGGGCGCCUCUUGGUCUCCAGUUCUGAUGUGCAGAUUUGUCAGGACCCAGCCAGGAGGAGAGGGGGGCCCUGAGUGCAGGGCAGCGCCCCCCUCCCCCCACUGCUUGCCCGGUGCCACGCAGCCACGUCACUCGCCCCUCGGGCUGCGUCUUGGCACGGUCGUCCCGCAUUCCAGCUCGCGCCAGUAGCUUCCACCUACAGAGGGACUCUUUGGCCACCGCCACCGCCGUCCAGCCCCUGCCUGCCCCCCUGCCUUUCCGGGGCCCCCCAGGCCCUUGUCACAUUCCCUCGCACGGGGGCUGCCAGACCCCAGCCCACACCCCGCCCCCAGUGCCUGCUCGGCCGCCUGCCCCCCACUCUGCGACUUUGCGGGUUGCUGGGCAGGGCCCGCCGGCCCGGCCCUUUCAUCGUCCCUUUUCCUUCUCAGACUGGAACUGCCCAGUGCUCGUGGGUCCCUCCUGCCAUUUGGGGGCGGGAGCACCUGCCCCCUCCUGGAGCUGCCUGACUCACUUGUCCCUGGGCUGGCGUGAUGCGAGGAGAUGGUUAUUUAAAGAGAAGCCCUAUUUAUUGACACACAAAUCCAGUUAAUAUAUUAAUGUGAAAUAAACCCCCUUUGCACCUUGA